AUGGACUCUGUCUGCUUUCGUCGUCUUUUUUUUGCUGCUUUCCCUCAUGUUUCUUGGUUCCUGAGAGGAAAUCAGAAUAAUACAAUUAAUAACGAUGACGCGGCUGGUUUAAAAAAGCCCUCCCCCGGGGUAAUCAUAAAACAAGACGCGCCCUUAGAUUCUUUAGUAGACGCGAAAAUAGAGCUCUACUGGCCGGACGACGGCUUGUGGUAUAAAGCUGAAGUGUUAUCGCUCAACGCUCGAGCGAGAAACGCUAAAGUUUUAUACGCAACCGGGGAUGUCGAGACUCUCGAGUUGGACGAGAUAAUCAACGAAGGCCAUUUGAACGUGUGCAGUAAAUAA